GUGGGCGGUAGGGGCCGCAGCCGCCGCAGUGAGCGACCUCGGCCUCGCAGCGCCUAGCACUACGUUGGCAGCUGAUUUCCAGCAGCAGCAGCAGCCGUCUCCGGCUGUUGCGCUAUGUGAGUUAAGUCCUUAGGGCACGCCGAACCGUCAGCAAUGUUUCCCAACGUCGGCAAAAUCGACGACAAGGGCCCGGGGGGUCCCGGCGACGACGCGCCGUGGUGGCUACGCUACUUGGGCAGGUUCGUAGGAACUGUCAGUGCACUCGUUGCCAUUGGUCUCGGCGCGCAGUUGGCAGUGCUCUCUGCUGUCACCAUAUCAUCGGCAUGCCUUUUGGCCGCUAUUCUGCAAAUGAUUGUUGGCAUGAUGGUGGCCCUGAUUGAAGCACCAUGCUUCUGCGCGUUUCUCGAGUUCGCCCAGGCCCCGGGCAACUUCUUUGACCGCAAACCAUACUGGUACAAGGCCCUUCUGUAUGGAGUAGGUGGUGUGCUACCUGUGGCACUGUGCCAUGGCAUUACUACUUUCUUUGGUGGUGGCUUGGUAUUUGUGGCUGGAUGCAUUUAUGGAAUCAUGGCCAUGGGUCGCAAAGCCAGUGCUGAUGAAAUGAGAGCUCGUGCCACAAGUACCGCCAACCUGGUUCCGUCUAGUGGAGACGUCGAGGCACCAUCGGGCGACAAGUUCACACCCAGCUAAAGGCAGCUUGAAACGAAGAUUCGGCCAUCAUUCUGUCGAGGUCUGGAUGCUGUCCCUAUCUAUGCUGCAAACUCCCUCACAUUCUUAUUGUCUGUAGUUUGUUCGGGCAGCAUGAUAAUGUGACAGAUCAUUCCAGUUGAACAGAACAAAUCUUCCACCAUGCACCAUUCCGAAGCUGUACAUUGUUACAGAGGUGUACAACUUUGAACAACCUUGAUGGGUGUUGUGCAGUCUGGAUGGAGGAUGUGCAGGACACGUGUGCAGGGGAUAUGCAGGACAAUAAUCUUUUUUUGUCAUUUGCUCUUUAUAUCCACUGUGUUGCCUAAGGCUUUUGUGACAGCUAAUCACUUCCUUUUUUUUUUUUUUUUUUUUGUGGAGUUGCACAAAUGUUUAGGCAUAUCAGUAUGUUCUUGCUCUUUUAUUUUUUUAAGGUGUUUAAUGAGGAGCUCAAGUUGAAGUGUGUGUGCAGGUAUUUUACAUGUCUGGGUGUUUUCUCACAGAUCGCGUGUUUUCCCUUAUAUACAUAAUAUUUUUCGUGAUACUUGUUGCAUUGCCGCACUUUUACCUCCUUUUAUUCGUUUGUGAAGCCUGUUCCCAGAACUUCUUGUUAAGUGCUGCUCGAGGUAUUUCAAAGCAGCUCUGUUCCAUGGUUUUUUGUCAACCUGCGUUACUGCCACCGGGUGUCUGUAAUAGCCUUCUGCCUAUGUGGAAGUAUCUUGUUGUAAAUUGUCCCAUUCAUGCUAGAACAUUUUUUUUUUUUCUAAACAUAUUUAUAGACUGUAUGUGUGGGUGUGUGAAAAUGCAGUAUAGUAGUCAUUGGGGUUAAGCAGCUUGAUCUAGCCGAAGUGAGCCGGGACUUUAUGCGACGUUUGGAGUUAGCUGUAAUGUAUGUGUGCAGAUGCACUGGUUCUUAGCGUACACUCACGAGAUAGGCCAUUGGCAGCAUGUGUUGUAACUUGUGUAUGAGGAUCAAGUUUGUAGUAACCCCAACCAAAGUAUACUGCUCCACUUGCAUCUGUUCACUGAAUGUGCUAUGUAUUCAUUGUGUGGUGAAUAAAGUGUGCCGAAAAUGUGCCA